CAGUAGGCGGGGACUGGAGGCGUGUCUUCCCGAGUUGUGUCGGCCCACUUUUGAAUGUAUUAGCAUCUGAUUAGCAUGUGAUUAUCGCCAAGCAGAGGCUGCAGAGUGAAGCAGGUGCCGAACAUGGCGAGUCAGCCCGGAGCCGCUCUCAGCCUCUUUCUCCUGAUCAGCGGGCUCCGAGCCGGAUUACUCCAGCAAGGGAGAAGUUCCAGUCUCCAUGGGUCCUCAGAAAACUUUCCCCUACCUGAUUCGUUCUAUGAGCAACUUCAGAGCUCUGGAGAGCGUCAGAAUCUUGAGACCGAGAAUGUGACGGUGGUGGAAGGAGAGGUUGCAACCAUAAGCUGCCGAGUCAAGAACAACGAUGAUUCUGUAAUCCAGCUGCUGAACCCCAACCGGCAAACCAUCUACUUCCGAGAUUUCAGACCCUUGAAGGACUCACGAUUCCAGCUGGUAAACUUCUCCAGUAGUGAAUUGAGGGUGUCGCUAACAAACGUGUCUAUCCACGAUGAGGGGAGAUACUUCUGUCAGCUCUACACUGACCCCCCACAGGAGGCGUAUACAACAAUCACUGUGCUUAUUCCACCAAACAACUUGGUGAUUGAUGUGCAGAAGGACACAUAUGUAGAAGGAGAAGAAGUGGAGAUGAAUUGCACAGCUAUGGCCAGCAAACCAGCAGCAGUAAUACGCUGGUUAAAGGGAAAUCAAGAGUUGGAAGGCGGAAAGACAGAAGUGGAGGCCGUGGACAAUAAGAUGUUCAGAGUUCGCAGUCAAAUAUCAGUCACCGUUCUUCGAGAAGAUGAUGAAGUCCCCUUUGUGUGUCUUGUUGACCAUCCAGCUGUGAAGGACCUGGAGACUCGGCAGUACAUUGAUGUGCAGUAUAAACCAAAGGUGGAAGUGUCAGUGGUUUAUCCACAGGGUCUUACAAGGGAAGGGGAGCCUCUGGAGCUGUUCUGCAGAGCAGUUGGUAAACCCAGACCAGAGAAAGUGACGUGGGUGAGAGUAGACGAUGAACUUCCUGACCAUGUCCUCAUAGAGGAUGAGAAGCUCUACAUCAGCAGCCUAAACAAAACAGACAAUGGCACGUACAGGUGCGAGGCCUCGAACAGUGUGGGCAGCUCGACAGGCGAUUACACACUCUAUGUGUAUGAUCCCCCCACCACCCCCCCACCACCCACAACAACCACCACUACCACCACAACUACCACACCCUCCACCACCCCAGACGCAAGUGCAACGACAGAGCCUGCAGUUCACGAUACCCGGGCAGCAGAAGAGGGCCCUCUAGGUGUAGACCAUGCCGUAAUUGGGGGAGUUGUUGCUGUUGUUGUCUUUGCUAUGCUUUGCCUUCUUAUCAUCUUGGGACGCUACUUUGCUCGACAUAAAGGAACAUACUUCACCCAUGAAGCCAAAGGAGCUGAUGACGCAGCAGACGCAGAUACUGCAAUCAUCAAUGCAGAGGGUGGGCAGAACAGCUGUGAAGAAAAGAAGGAAUAUUUUAUCUAGCCUGGCCUUGUUGAAGGGUGUGAGCUCGAUUCAGACUCACCACCCUAAGGGAGAAGGACCUUCCAACGUCUUGCGUUUUUUUUUAUCAUUUGGUUUCGGAGCGGAUGGAGGAGCGGGGGACCCAUCUGGUAUAAAGUGAUUGCCCCACAACACUCUCUGCUUUUAUUGUUUGCCACUUUCCUUUCAUGGGAAUAACAGGAGCUUGAAAUGUUUGUUUUUAUUUUGUGGGGGUGGGGGGUGGGGUAGGGUUGCAAGUAAAAUAUGGAUUCCGGGCUCCUCAGUGCAGGAGGAUACUGUAUGCAGAACUUUCUGUACCCAUAUCUCACAGGCUCCUCGUUCACUGAAGAGGCAUAUUUAUCAUCUGCAGACAAUUUGGUGCCUUGCUUGUUUUUUAUUUCACUUUCCCGAGAAGUUAUUGUUGUGUUCCCGGCUGGUUUUCGUGUCACUUCCUGCUGGGGUGCUUUAUACUCUGUCUUGUGCCAUUUCCUUCUAAGUUUUCUCUUAUGUUUGUCUGUGUUAUUACACUUCCCAUUGGGGCUGCUUUUUACAUAUCAUGUAACUGGGGCCAUGUAGCUGUCCUUUAGGUUUUUGUCCAUAUGCUUGAGCAUUGCUGUUUUUAUAAGAGCUCUUCCCUGUGAAAAUCAAACUGUUAGUCCAUUCCUACCCUCCUGUUCCCUAAUCCGCCUGUCCUCAUGUCACCUCCUACAGGGACUGUCCACAUCAUACAGUUUUUCCAGUGUCUAAUUCCUAUUCAUGUUGUGCAAUGCCUUUUGUCUGAUCCAUUCUCAUAGUGUUUAUUGUGCUUGUCUCUGCUUUUUGGAUAUCAAGCGUGUGAUACAGAAGAGUCAUUCUGCUCUUCUCUGGGAAGUGAAUUUUGACUCGCUUAAGUAACAAAGUAGAGCUUAAAAAAGAGAGACUUUACAGAACCAACUGCACUACAAGCAUGAGGAAGCUCCAACAACUCCAUCCCCCACCCCAUCUCGGACAGUUGGUGGAAAUACAAGCGGAUGUGCCUUUUUAUUCACAAGUGAACAAGCUGGAGGAAAAAGAGGGGUGUACAUGGGGAAAAAUUCCUUCUGCUCUGAAAAGUCAAAUUGAAAAUACUUUCAACACUCAAACAAAAAGCCCUUCUACUUCCCAUCUCUGUCUGUUCCGCUUUUCUACCUCCUUUACCCUUUUAGCCUUUUCUUUUGCUUCCAUGCCUUGUCACUGCAAGUUAUGGUGUUUUUUCUCUAUUCUCCCGCAUUCCUCACCUCAUUCUUUUCUUCCACACAAAUCUUCCUCCCUCUCUCUCUCUCAGUGCUGUGUCUUAGUACGGGGCUGUGAUGCCCACCACAAUGUUUCUACAGUAUGAAUGGACAACUGUACCCUCCUGCCAUUUUGUUGGAAAUAUAUGGUAGUAAAUGUGUGCAGUACCACCAACUGUGAAGCAGAGACACAUUCAACUCUUCUCGAAACUCUACUAAGAGCAGCCUGUAUUAUAUAAUCUGUAAUAUUAUUGUGUUGUCUGAAGGGUUCAGUCUAAGGUUGUUAAAGUGUAAAACAAUGAGAUGUCAUUGCUGCUAUAGAAGGUGUUAGCAGGGUAAGUGCGUUGCUUUCUUGUCAAUCCCACUGUAUAUUGCUGAGUAGAGCUGCACCUAUAUUGUCUUACAAAAUUUGAAAUGUAGGGGUUAUUUUUAAGAUGGCUGCUGAGCUGACUCAUAUGUUUUCUGUUGUGUACAUGUUAAGAAAGAAUGAAGAUUUAAAAAAAAAAAAAAUGUAAAAAAAAAAGGUAUUUUAAGGUCAAAUUCCCACAAUCCUAGGUAGCAAUGUGCUGGUAGAGUACCAUAGCUUGACCCAUCAACUAUAUGUGUGUAUGUGUUCACCAUCACAGGAGCCAUUUUCAUUUCAAUGCUUACCUUCCCCAUCAAUCUUCUGACUUCAACCCAUAUAUCUAACACACAGGGACUCGCACUAGAACGAGUUAUACUUUACAUAGGCCUAAGUGUAAGCAGAGUGGAGAAACUCUCUACGAGCUAGUCUAGGGGUGAUUCACAAUGUAUCUUGACUCAAUAUAGCCUUCCAGAUUUUCACUUUACUAGAAUUGCAUCCCAGCUGGAGAAAGAUGGAAAACUUAACCCAUAUGAAGUUUUCCUUCUCCAGCUGAGAUUCAAUUUUCUUUUUUUGGUGGAAAGAAAUAUUCAAGGUGGUACAAAGCUGAGAUACAGUCAUGUGAAGAAGCCAAGACACUCACUCUCAUGUGACCAAUUCAUGCUUAUAGCUCGUGUCCUAAACAUUUUAGUAUAUAUCUUUUAAUGGCCACCAUUGGCUUGUUCAUUUUAAAGCUGAAAUUUGUAUUCUUAAAUUGUUAUCCUAUACAAUCAAGAACAUAGGAAACGUCUUUUGUUUUAACUUUUUUUGCUUUUGUUUUUACGAAUUGUUAUUUUUUUUUGUUUCAAUUUUUUUUUUACCUAAAAAUUGGUGCAAUGAGUCGAUAUUAAUUUCAAAGUGAAGAUUUUAUUUUAUCGGGAAGUGUUUAUUGGGAAGCAGAUGGAGGUUACAGAAGUGAUCUUUACUAUUGAGGUGUUUUGAUUGCAUUCACUGUUUUCUAGAUAUUUGUAUGUUUCGAAGGGGAAAAAUAUUAUGUACGUAACAUUCUUCAAAUGGCUGUGAAUGAGUCAAAGUUUUACCUCGGGUUGGGGUUUCUAUUCUAUUUUUAAACCCUUUCCUGUGAAUUUUCAGGCGAUCACACUUGAUGUUUGCUUGAGGCUAUGUUUGGUAACAUGAGCUGCAAUACAAAAAUGGCACUUUUUUCCCAGUGAAAGUGUGCACAAAUAUGCCAUAAUCCUUGCUUCAGGGCAUUUGUAAAAGCAGCAGCAUUGACCUGAAUAGACGUUUUCACCCCUUCUGUAAAAAAGAAAUAAAAAAAUAAAAAAAAUAAUAUAAAUAUAUAUAUAUAUAUAUAUAUAUAUAUAUAUAUAUAUAUAUAUAUAUAUAUAUAUAUAAAUAAAAUAUGUGCAUAACCUUUCUGUUGCCGACACACAGACUGAUUAUUGGCUAUUACUCUUAUCUUUAAUUUAUUUUAUUUUGGCCUGCAGAAAAAACAUAUAGAUAUAGACAUUAUUAUGAUUUAUUUUAUUUUUAUCUUUUAGAUUAAAACUUCAAAAAAGAAUUGUCCCCAACUCCGACUCAUCCAUAAACAUUGAAAGUUUUACAUAAGGAAAAUUUAUGUAUUUCUGGUAACUGAAAUUUGGUUUUGAUGUUAUUCCUUUACAAAUCAGCAUCACUGUGUAUACAUAAUCCACUGAACUGAAAUAUCUAUUGACGCUGUAGUUACGUUAACAUAUCAGUUUGGAUAUAAAAUGUUAAUUUCGUUACCAUGAAACAGUAAAGCCCCCAACAAGAAUUUUUUUCAACAACUGUGCCUGGGGCAAUUAUGGACAAAAAUUACAAUUUCUAGCGUGUUAUUGUGUUCUUACCAUUACAGAAACUAUUUUUCUUCUGUACGUUUCCUUUGAUAAAAUUGUUAUUAUUAAUCCUUGAAAAUAAUGAAAAUAUUGUUUCCUAUUUUUCUUGUUGUGUGAAGUGUAUUGUUUGAAUAUACUGUACCUGGACUCCUCUACAGUUAUCUGUCCGUGUUGUGCCAUUGUUUGGCUGUCUGACCUUUACCCCCCCAUCCUUCCUCCGCUCCCAUAGCAGGAUAUCACAGGGUCUUAACUUUUUACUGGCAAUUCAUUUUAUUAGAGCUUUGUCAAGUUUUCCAGCCUUCUACGUCUUUUUACAAACAGGCCAUGGCUCAUGCUCCCAAAGUUCUCAGAAUGUGAUACUUAACAUGGGAGUGUGGGGAAGGUACAAAAUGGACAUUCCUCAUGCUGGCUGGUUUUAGGGCAGAUUGUAAGUCUAUUUGGCAGUAGAUAUUUUUACCUGUGUAAGCUCUCGUGUUUACGCUCCCCCUUUUUGCGGCUCCUGGAGUUUUUGUUCUUUGUGAGCACCCGUUUUUUCGCUUCUGCUUGUCUCAGGUCCCUGUGUUCCCACCCUUGUCUGUUCUGUCUCAGGUAGGCUGCUAAACCUUAGCCCCCACAUUGGAAAAUGAAACAAAACCAACCACAUUAUGGAUAGAUAAAUAUUCAUUCCUUUUUUUUUAUUUUAUUUUUUUAUUUUUUUUAUUAUUAUUUUUUGGUUUUUAGUUGUAUGAUUUCUGUAUUUUUUUUUUUAAUAUACGGUACACUGUUUGAAAUGUAUUGUUGAGUAUUACUUUGUAAGAAAAUGACAAUAAAAUGUAAAAUUAU